AGCCCGCUUCACACGCUCAGUUGCCUUCGCGACACCAGCACAGCACCACGCGAACAUGGCGGGUGUACAAAAACUUUGUUUAUUUGUUGUACUAAUACUUCAAGUUAAAGGGGAUCCGGAUCCUCAGUUAGACUUACCACCGAUACCCCAAGUUUCGACGCAGAGGAAUUUUGGAUACGGUCUUCUGUCAAGCACUCCAAAUAAUUUCCAGUACAGUACCCCUCGACCUGUUUCUAGCACUACAGGAGUAUACCCAGUGUCUUCCACCCCUUAUAAUGCGGGGAUUAGUCCGGAUAUUAAUAACAAUGGAUUCCCUAACUUGGAUUAUGGGAAUAGAAGGAAUCCGAGCUCAACUGGACGUCCUUAUGACAAUGAUGAUAGAAUAGAUGUCAACAAUGACCCUAAUUUUAGGAGGAACGAUCCAGGCUUCGCGAGGAAUGACCCUAAUUUUCUUGGAGCGAAUCCUUAUGAUAUAAGAGGGAAUGGGAUAGAUGAUAGAUUAGAGAGAGUGAAUUUACAGCAAGUGAGGGAGUUUCUGGCCCAGGCGGAUGAGCAGGCAUCGAAGGAGUGUACUAAUAAUGUGGCUGCCCAGUGGAACUUUGAGACUGAAGUUACUGAUGCUACUCAGCAUGCUGCGUUGGACGCUCAACAGCGCUACACGCUGUUCCAACGAGGCCUCUGGGAGACGGCCCAGCAAAUACCAAAAGGGGGGAUCAGAGAUUUCCCCACCUACAGACAGUUACGCAUGCUGUCCAUUAUAGGACCCGCGGCGUUGCCACCGGAUCAACUUGACAGGUAUAACCGUCUCAUCAACGACAUGCUGGCGGUCUACAACAACGCCGAAAUCUGCGCGUACAACGAGCCGUUCAAAUGCGGUCUUCAUCUCCAACCUGAGCUUCAACACACCAUGUCACACUCCAGGGAUUGGGACGAGUUGCAACAUGUCUGGACUGAGUGGAGGAGAAACACUGGAAGGAGGAUUAGAGAUCUUUAUGAACAAUUAGUUGAGCUGACUAACCAUGCUGCUCGACUUAACAAUUUCACCGACGCCUCGGCUUACUGGAUGUUCCCGUACGAAUCACCGAACAUGAGACAAGAAGUCGAUGAGGUUUGGGAACAGAUCAAACCCCUCUACGAAGUCCUGCACGCCUACGUCCGCCGCCGGCUCCGCGAGGCCUACGGCCCCGAGCGCAUCUCUCGUUCGGCCCCUAUCCCAGCGCACAUUCUUGGAGACAUGUGGGGACAGAGCUGGGCAGGCAUAGUCCCAUUCACACUACCGUACCCUGGGAAGAACCUCCUUGAUGUUACAGCUGAAAUGAACCAACAGGGCUUCACGCCACUGACGAUGUUCCAACUGGCCGAAGAGUUCUUCGUCUCCAUGAACAUGUCCGCCAUGCCAGCAGACUUCUGGCCCUUGAGCGUGAUCGAGCAGCCCCCAGAUCGUCAUAUCCACUGCCAACCUUCUGCUUGGGACUUCUGUAACAGACACGACUACCGCAUCAAAAUGUGCACCCACGUGGACAUGAAGGACCUGAUCACCGCCCACCACGAGAUGGCUCAUAUCCAGUACUUCCUGGCCUACAGGAACCAGCCCAAGGUGUUCAGAGACGGGGCUAACCCAGGUUUCCACGAGGCCGUAGGCGAGGCCAUCGCCCUCUCCGUCUCAUCCCCCCGCCACCUCCAGACCUUAGGCCUCGUGCAACGCUCAGUGGCCGACACGGCCCAUGACACCAACUAUCUCUUCACUCAGGCAAUGGACAAGCUGGCGUUCCUGCCGUUUGCGUUGUCGAUGGAUAGAUGGCGCUGGGAUGUGUUCACGGGCGAUGUGAGGAAGGAGCAGUAUAACUGUCAUUGGUGGAGACUAAGGGAGCAGUACCAGGGCAUCAAGCCGCCAGUCCUCCGCUCCGAGCUGGACUUCGACCCUGGUUCCAAGUACCACAUCCCCGCCAACAUACCCUACAUCAGAUACUUCGUCAGCACAGUGCUCCAGUUCCAGAUCCACCGAGCAUUAUGCGAAAGAACAGGCCAGUUCAUUCCUGGAGACGAGACCAGGCCUCUACAUAAGUGUGACAUCUACAGGAACCCUGAAGCUGGAAGGAUUCUUACGUAAGUCUUUAGUUUAUGAUAGAUCCACCGAUAAUUGUGCGAAAGAACAGGCCAGUUCAUUCCUGGAGCCGAGACCAGGCCUCUACCCAAGUGUGACAUCUACAGGAACCCUGAGGCUGGAAGGAUUCUUACACGCCUGAUGGAACGCGGAUCCUCCGUACCCUGGACCCAGGUUCUGCAGGAGAGCAUUGGCGAGUCCCGACUCAGCGGAGAAGCCCUCAGGGACUACUUCAGACCCCUGGAGGAGUGGCUGCGGAGUGAGAACCUCAGGACUGGGGAGUACCUCGGCUGGAGUUAUGAUGGAGACUAUUGCAAGUUUAGCAUCGAAACGGCGGGUCUGCAAGUGUACGGCGGCUUCUACAAUGCCGCCAGCCGACACGACCUCACGCACUUCGCCGGACUCCUCCUCAUCUCCUUCUUCACCACCGUUUUCAUUCGGUGGUGAUUCUUCGUC